CACUUCCGGCAGCCAUCUCUUGCCUGACGGUAAUUAACAACGGUUGAGUGGUUGAGUGGCUAACGCAUCUUAAUUUUCCCUGUUGAACAGGAGAAAGAGUUUGUUUGGUUUUACCCGAUAAGAAAAGCUUUAAGAAGAACAGUCUCCAAAACUUUCCAAACUGCCUGAGAGCAGCGGGGUCCAUGGAGAGAGCUACUGAUGGCUGAGGAGCUGUGUACCGGCUGGUUUCGUAUCAUUGCAGGUACAGUAGGCUCUUUGGAGAUUGAGGAAUGCAAAUCUGCAACCAUGAUGGAAGGAUUGAAAAAACGUACCAGGAAGGCCUUUGGGAUACGGAAGAAAGAGAAGGACAAUGAUUCCACGGGGUCUCCAGACAGAGAUGGUAAGAAGACAAACGGGGCCCCGAAUGGCUUCUAUGGAGAUAUCGACUGGGACAGAUACAACUCUCCUGAGGUGGAUGAUGAAGGCUACAGUAUCAGACCUGAAGAUGAAUUAGAAGAGGAAGCUGCCACCAAAAAAUCUCACUUCUUCUCUUCCGAUGAGUCCGAGGAAGAAGAGGACCACAGGAAAAAAUUCAAGAUCAAGAUCAAGCCCCUGCCGCCUGAUCGUGUUGUGGAGGCACCCUCAGUCGAUGAGCUCAAAGCCUCCAUAGGCAACAUAGCUCUGUCCCCAUCUCCCAUGAGGAGUCCGAGACGUAGCCCGGGUUUGAAAAGGAACACGUCCAGAGCAGGUGAAGAGAUUGCCAGACCGAGACGUGUUGUCCCUCCUGCACCCACUGUGGUCCCCACACCAGCUCCAGCACCACAGCCCCCCAGCACUCAGCAAACACCAGUCUCUGAAGACACCACAGCCUUAUUUGGGCCUCCUUUGGAAACAGCCUUUGGAGAACAGAAAACUGAAGCGGUUCUAUCUGAGUGUGACGUGUGGGGGACUCCUCUGUCAGAGCCCGAAUCCACUUUGACAAGAUCCUUUCCCACAGGAACUCCACCUCCACUUCCACCCAAGAAUGUCCCAGCUUCUCCACCAAAUACUAGCCCUCCGUCUCCAGAUGAUGCUGGUUCCUCUUCACCUGUACGACCUGCCACACCGUCAUCAGUCAACCCCACCCCACCUCCGCCUCCACCUCGUCCCCCUUCACGACCCAAACUUCCUCCAGGGAAACCUAGUGUAGGCGAUGCGAAUCGCCCAUUCAGCCCACCGAUUCACUCGGCCAGCCCUCCUCCCAUUGCUCCGUUGGCGAGGGCUGAGAGCACCUCCUCCAUCUCCUCCACCAACUCGAUGAGUGCCGCCACCACUCCUACCGUGGGCAAGGAGCUCUCUGUGUCUGUAACAGAGAAUGACCAGCCAUCCCUUGUAUGGUUUGACAGAGGGAAGUUUUAUUUAACCUUUGAAGGCUGCUCUCGAGGGCCCAGUCCUCUCACCAUGGGUGCUCAGGACACACUUCCUGUGGCGGCUGCGUUCACAGAGACGGUCAACGCCUUCUUUAAAGGAGCUGAUCCCAACAAGUGUGCUGUGAAGAUCAUAGGUGAGAUGGUUUUGUCGUUUCCGGCGGGAAUCACGCGGCACUUUGCCAAUAACCCGUCCCCCGCCGUGCUAACCUUCAGCAUAACCAACUACAGUCGACUGGAGCAUGUGCUGCCUAACCCCCAGCUCCUCUGCUGCGACACCACCACGCAAGCCAAGGCUGACAGCAAGGACUUCUGGGUGAAUAUGCCAAACCUGAUAUCGCAUUUAAAGAAGGUGGCAGAGCAGAAACCACAAGCAACAUACUACAAUGUGGACAUGCUCAAGUAUCAGGUGUCAACACAGGGCCUCCAGUCAACUCCUCUGAACCUGGCAGUGAGCUGGAGGUGUGAGCCCACCAGCACUGACUUGAGGAUAGACUACAAAUACAACGGGGAGGCCAUGUCGACGCCGAUGGCCCUCAACAACGUUCAAUUCCUCAUCCCCGUUGAUGGAGGCGUGUCAAAGCUACAGGCUGUCUUACCUCCUGCUGCAUGGAAUGCAGACCAGCAACGAAUCCUGUGGAAGAUCCCUGAUAUCUCCCACAAAUCUGAAAAUGGAGGUGUGGGCUCGUUGUUAGCACGCUUUCAACUAACAGAAGGUCCGAGUAAACCGGCUCCACUGGCGGUGCAGUUUACCAGUGAAGGCAGCACCCUGUCAGGCUGUGACAUCGAGCUGGCUGGGCCAGGGUACCGCUUCUCGCUCAUCAAGAAGAGGUUUGCUGCAGGAAAAUACCUGGCUGAUAACUGACCCAUCGCUGAACAAAGUGAACGCAGUGGACUGAGGUCGACACCGAGGACAGAGGACAGACGGACACCAGACAGACUCUGUGAUCCUUUUCUGAACCCACACAACAGGUCUGCAGCCCGCCCAGCAGUAUUGUAUAACUUGCAUAUAACAUUGUGGAACUGUUAUAGGUCAUGUAAUUAUUGUAUUUGUAUUCAUUUCAUAACAUCUGUAUUGCUGCACUUAGACACAAAUGGGUUCUUUCCUCCUCUGUAGUCUGUGCCUCUGUCUCCGUCCUCCUCUGGUCAACGUGUGGUAGUGUUUUUAAAGUUUUUCACUGCAGCUGCCUGACCAAACAAGGAAGGAACAGAUUUUAAUUCUUGUUAAUGUGAAAAUUUUGGCCAUUGGAAAAAAAAAAUAUCCUCGUUGUGGUCAGACAUGUGCAUCAAAUCUGAACACAUCCGGAGUUGGACUGGGAUGUAAUGAAGUUAGUAAGUUAAACAGCCCAGUCCUCAACCUCUGGGAUAAGAAUACGAGAGGUGUACUCACUGUUUUGCACUGAUCCAUGUAACUGCUUCACAUGACACACCAUCAGCUGUCAUAGGUAAAAGUGGGUCCUUCUUCUUGGUGCUUGUGUACGACCUGUAUGAAACUAGAUUUCCAAGCAUCGCCUGCUGGUAUUACAUGACACAUCCUGCUAAUUACACCAGUUAGCCAGUCAAACCACUAUUCUAUUUCUCUGUUAUAUACACACACGCAUGCGGGGAGGUUGUAUGGAUGUUAGGCAGCUGCAAUGACUAGUCAGUUUCACUGGUAAAAUAAGGAAAUACGUUUUCGUGUCAGAACAAAAGAAGUGUACAAAGUGUCAUUUAAGUCGAAAAUGUAUAUCUUAAAGGGCGUUUGGUGUUUUCCUCGUAUCGUCAGAUAGCCUUCCUGUUGUUCACAGGACAGCAGUGUUAGACUGCAGAGUACAUGACAGCAUUCUAUUUUUAUUUAUUGAUGACAAUGACUUGUUGUAUAAAACAUGUGAUUCUGUAUAUGAAUAGAGUUUGAAUGGUAUCACACGACUCGAACCCUUAAAGGUAUAAAUAUUUAAAUUCCUUCUCAUUUUUUGUUAUCUGUGUAGUUGGGUAACCUGUGUACAGUAUAAGGUCUAAUUUUUUGAAUUUAUUUCAGAUAUAAUUUUUUAACUCAAGUGCAACAGAAGAAUUGAGCUAUAUAUGGGUGGGGGAGGGGUAAUUUAAAGACAAAAGAUAAAUAUCUUUCUGGAUUCUGUGUAAUGCUUUGUGAAAGCAGUGUUAAUGUAGAGUUAGCUAUUACAUGGCCAAGAUUCACACUUUGAGGAAUAAGUUUGACAUUUUUGGAUGAUGUGUGAGACAUCUGCCAGGAAACUGUUAGCAUGCUAAGAAGAGCGGGAAAGGCUUACCAGUUUGUGUCUGUCAGCACAUAGAAAGCUCCCUGAUUAAUAUACUGUCAUGUUUCUUCUUUAAUACCAAGGUGUAAAAAUACCCUGUGUAUCUGUCAUUAACAAUUUUAUUUAGCUUGAGAGUAUUGCAUGGGUCCGAAAAUGCUAAUGGCGUUCAUCCAGACUAGGCGUUAAUGUCUCUGUCAGGAUGAAAUGUAAGCAUUUUAGUAACACCCUGUCCUUUUCUCUAGCGCCAUCACCAGGUCAGACUUUUUAUUAGUUCACUUCUUUAGUUUAUUAAAUAAAUGUUCCCUCAACAGUUCCAUUAGCUUUAUUUGUGCUUGUUCUGGUGAGCUAAUUUUAGCAUGCUAAUAUGCUAAAUCACCAUGGAUACUGUGGUGAACAUGCGCUCAUCCCAUUAGCAUGCCAGUAAAACACAUUGCUGUGUUGCAGUGCACACUCUCAAGAGAAGCAAGCAUCAAACUGUAGACACUUUUAUAUUUUGGCGACGCUAGCUUAGCCGUUUCCCUCCCGUUUCAAUUUUUCUGCUAAGCUAACCAAUAUGGCUCCUGGCCAAGGUUAGUUUUCCCCCCCAAAAUGUCAAACUCAUCCUUCAAGGAAGACAAAAACAAUAAAAAUGGCUGCAGAGAUGAAGUUUAGUGACCAUGGUACUAGUAUUGGAACAGGAAUUGUUUACUGGGACCAGCUCAUUUCCUUACUUCAAACUUAGCUGUAAUAAAACAAUAAGGAAACCCUGAUCAUCUAGCGUUCUCAGUUCUGUCAUCUACCUUCAGUUGGCGGCGGAUCACAAGAAAACCUUCCUUACUUCCUGUUUCCAUUUACCUCACUGGUACCUAAACUCCCUCAUAUCACACCCUCAUAUCGUGAGCAAAUCCCAGUCAUCCAGCCAGCGCUUGAAUCCAUGGCUUUAUUUUGCAUAAUUGUAAUGGUCUCUGUGAGAUGACAUGAUUUAAAUGAGGUUGUGGAGCAAGGUUAAGUCGACCAAAAUGCUUUUUUUCUUUUUUUUGUUUUACGUUUUGUUUUGUUUUUCGUAUUUUAUGUGUGUGUACCCCAGACAGUCAGUCCCUUGUUAAGGAGAAUAAGCUGAAUAUUUUUAAAAUGGAUAAAAAUGUAAAAAAAUGUGUUGUUUUAAUGUGAAAAACACUGUGCUGAUGAUGUUGAACUUCCUGAAUGCUCCGACACUCAACGUGAAGAACAAAAGGUGUGCGUGAAGUGUAGCCGAAAAACCUCUGUACUGUACUCUGUGUUGGCAAUCAACUAAAUGUCACCAAUCAUGGUCCUCUCAGAGCUCUCAAGCAUUUUGAGCUGAUUUAGGAAGCUAACCUGACACCGAUUCAGCGAUGCAGUACUUCUGAUUGGAUACAGUUUUUGGGCCAUGCAGUUAAAAUGAGUCCUGUUCAUUUGUACUUUCAUCUUGUGCAGACCCAGGCUGAGUGAACGGCAAAGUUGCAUUUUGUUGGCAUGAGGAACGAUGGAUGAUUGGUGCCGUUUAGUUCUUGAUAAUACUUUUGUUUGGUGCCGCAUUUUUUCAGUCAUGUCAGUCUUUCAUCGAGCUCAGUGGAAGACUACGUGCCCGAGACAAUGUUGCCAUCUUCUUAAAGCUAAUCAGUGUAACAGUCACUACAGCAUUAUCUACACAAACCCACCACACACGCCACCCACCGUGCAUCAGCUUAGAAUUACCCCGACACUUAUGGUUACACGUCUCUCAGUUUGAUCACAAACCUUUUUCACUGUAUUUCUGAAAACAGCGUUUGAAUUUUUCAGUGGAUCAAAACACAUUUUUCAAGAGCUUCAUCUUCGUGGCGAAUUCGUCCUGCAGUAUUAUUGGAUGCAAAGCAUGCGGUCAAACGGUGGGGCUUUUGUGACGGUAGUGCUGAAAUGACGUGUUGUGCUGAGUGUCAGUUACCUUGUAUUAAUGUUGAGACGAAAGCAAGGAGUGUGUUUAUGUGUGCUAUAAGCAAGAAUGCUUUUUGGUUCUUUACCAUUAACCUCAAACACAUGUGAAAGCUGUUUGUACAGUACAUAACAACGCUAAGAUGAUCUGAGAAAUUUAGUUUGCUUCUUUCCAAAACCAAUAAAAGUUAUAACUGGA